AUGUUGCACAACAAAGUGAAGGAGAUGUACAACAGGAGAUCCUGGCUUGCCAAACCACUAGACCGCCUCCUUUCAACAAAAAUAAUCUUAGGGCUAGCACUCAUGGAAAUGGAAUUUGAGGAAGAACGGAUCACCAGCGAUCGAACCAAGUUUAGGCGCAUAGCGCUGGCACUAGACGCACAAGUGGUCGAGCAAGUCUCAGACCUGAUAACCGAUCCUCCAGAGAACGACAGGUAUUCGAUUUUAAAGAACCGACUACUUGCUAUUUUUGGUGAGUCCGAACGUGCUAGAUGGCAUAAACUUCAAGAACUAGAAUUAGGAGAUCAGAAACCGUCAAUGCUUCUGAACUCCAUGAGGCGACUCGCAGGAGACCAGCUUGGAAAUGAUGCACUGCAGAAUAUGUUUCUGGAUAGAAUGCCAGAUUACAUUAGAAUCCUCCUGUCCGCUGAACCAGAUACAAAGUUGGAUAAACUCGCAGGUCGAGCGGAUCACAUGAUGGAUGCUGCAAGAAUGCAGGUAGCACUCAUCUCAACGGAGGCCACUUUUAAGGAACACAUUGAAGCUUUCAACAGAAGACCGCAGCGCGUUGUCAACACACGAGCAAACUGGCAAUCUGCGCCUUCAAAUAAAGGCAAGUGCAAUGAUCGUUCAGGUUAUGUCUGCUUCUAUCACCGUAGGUUUGGAUACAAAGCCCGCAACUGUGAGGGCAACUGCGCUUUCAAACAAAGACAGCCAGUCGCAAUAAGAGCACUAAGUGAUGGUUCUACAUCCAAUCGCCUCACCAUCAGUGACAAGAUCAAUCGGUUAUGCUUCCUAAUCGACACCGGAGCAGAAAUCUCAGUCCUGCCAAAAAAGUACUGCAAGGGAUUCAGCAAAGAAACAAACUACAAGCUGCAUGCGGCUAACGGCACACCUAUCAAGACGUUUGGCAGCAGAGUUCUGACCCUUGAGCUAGGACUACAGAAACCUUACCUUUGGGAGUUCUGCGUGGCUGAUGUGGAGCAACCCAGCAUUGGGGCAGAUUUUCUAGAAAGCCACAAUCUUACAGUAGACCUCAAUAACCGACGCCUGAUGAACAUGGUCUCACUUCACCAAGCAACUGGGAAAGUAGCUCAACAAUCUACACACAUAGCUGCUAUUCGCAAAAACAAUCAAAUACACCGACUCUCGGCUCAGUCUCCAGAGAUUACAACUCAAAGGAAAGCGUAUGUCCGAGGCAAGCAAUAA